CUACCUCCCUCCGAGGAGACGGGCUGCGGGGCUGCAGAGGGAGGACCGCUGGAGGAGGACGGAGCUGGGAUUCGGGCACCUGGCUAAGAGGGCGUCCCUCCCCGGGUAAAAUCCUUCGCAGAGAGGUUACAAGAUCCUAUCUUGAGAAGCUGGAAGAAUCCCAUAUGGACUAACGGAAGCCCUGGACAAGGACAAGAUCUCUUCAGCAACUGUAAUACAGGGGUGAUGAGUACAUCCUUAUCCAGGAAACUGCAGGCAUGCUAUGGAAGUUGCUGAUGAGAGCCCAGCCUUGCAGGCUGUGUUCUUUCAGAAAGCUACAACCAACUCCAAAAUACAAGCCUUGUUAUUCUUGUUUCACCUACACCACUGAUACACAGUCCAACAGAGAAAACAAAAGAACAGUGGAAAAGCUCUUUAAACUUUCAGUCGACGUCAGGAAAAUUCGUAGAUUAAAAGGAUGGGUACUUUUGGAGGAUAAAACUUACAUUGAAGAAAUUGCAAAUCUUUUACAACAACUAGGUGCCAAGGAGACCUCAAUAGCCAGUAUUUUGGAACGCUGUCCUGAAGCAAUUGUCUGUAGUCCAGCUGCUGUUGACACUGAAAGAAAACUCUGGCAGUUGGUGUGCAGAAGUGAGGAAGAGUUAAUCAAGUUAAUAGAGCAGUUUCCAGAAUCAUUCUUUGCUGUUAAGGACCAAGAGAACCGGAAAUUGAAUGUUCAGUUCUUUCAAGAGCUGGGACUCAAGAAUGUGGUCAUUAGCAGAUUUUUGACAACUGCAUCUAAUAUUUUUCAUCAUCCUGUUGAGAAAAAUAAGCAAAUGAUAAUGACUCUUCAAGAGAGCUAUCUAAGUCUGGGUGGCUCUGAGGCCAAUAUGAAAGUUUGGCUACUAAAAUUAUUAAGCCAGAAUCCAUUCAUUUUGUUAAACUCUCCUGAAGUCAUAAAGGAAACACUGCGAUUUCUCCAGGAGCAAGAUUUCACAGACCUUGAAAUCCUUCAACUUCUGUCCAAACUCAAAGGAUUUCUUUUUCAACUCUGCCCCAAAAGUGUAGAGAAUAGUAUAUCCUUUGCUAAAAAUGCUUUUGGAUGCACAGAUCAUGACCUGAAGCAGUUAGUUGUGAAAUGUCCUGCUCUUUUAUAUUACCCUGUUCCAGUUUUAGAAGAGAGACUUCAGGGACUACUGAAAGAAGGAAUUUCCGUAACUCAGAUAAGAGAGACACCGAUGGUUCUUGAAUUAACACCACAGAUAGUUCAGUACAGAAUAAGGAAGCUGAAUUCUUUGGGCUAUAGAAUAAAAGAUGGACAUCUGACAAAUCUAAAUGGAACAAAAAAGGAGUUUGAGGCUAAUUUUGGCAAAAUUCAAGCCAAAAACAGAAGGCCAAUUUUUAACCCUGUGGCACCAUUAAAUGUUGAAGAGUAAAA